CCCCCGCCCCGUCACCAGUAACAACAGGCGGCGGCGCCCCCGCCCCUCCCCCGCCGGAACCGGCGGCGGCGCUGCCCCGCGCCGGCAUGAGGAGGGCAGAGCGCGGCGGGCGGCGAGGCGGUUUGAGUUGACCAUAGUAACCGCAACAAUGGUGCAGAAGUACCAGUCUCCCGUGCGGGUGUAUAAACACCCUUUUGAGUUGAUUAUGGCUGCUUAUGAAAGAAGGUUUCCUACAUGUCCUCUGAUUCCUAUGUUUGUAGCCAGUGACACAGUGAACGAAUACAAGAGCGAGGAUGAAGCCAUCCAUGUCAUUGAACGGCGCUGCAAGCUGGAUAUAGACGCACCACGACUGUUGAAAAAGAUUGCAGGAGUGGAUUACGUCUACUUUGUCCAGAAGAACUCACUGAACAGACGAGAAAGGACUUUGCAUAUAGAAGCCUACAAUGAAACCUUCUCUAAUAGAGUCAUUAUUAACGAGCACUGCUGUUACACAGUUCAUCCAGACAAUGAAGACUGGACCUGUUUUGAACAGUCAGCAAGUCUGGAUAUAAAAUCUUUUUUUGGUUUUGAAAGCACAGUGGAAAAGAUUGCCAUGAAGCAGUACACCAGCAAUAUUAAAAAGGGAAAAGAAAUAAUUGAGUACUACCUGAAGCAGCUGGAGGAAGAAGGAAUAACUUUUGUUCCUCGUUGGACUCCCCCCGUUGCAUGUAAAUCGGAGAGCAGCACAACCCACACAAGACGGCCAGUUUCACCUGCUAUUAAUAUACCAGACUCUGCCACAAAGGAGGGCUUGAACAAUAAGGAGAUCCUCAACACCUCAAGCAGCCCUUCCGAGCCUACAGCAGGAACACCUGAUGACAAGCUAGAUGCAGACUACAUCAAGCGGUAUCUGGGUGACUUGACCCCAAUGCAGGAAAGCUGCCUCAUUCGGCUGAGACAGUGGCUUCAGGAGACACACAAGGGCAAGAUCCCAAAGGAUGAGCACAUUUUAAGAUUCCUGCGUGCCCGGGACUUCAACAUUGAUAAAGCAAGAGAGAUCCUUUGCCAGUCCUUGACAUGGCGCAAGCAGCACCAGGUAGACUAUAUUUUAGACACUUGGAAUCCUCCUCAAGUACUCCAGGAUUACUAUGCAGGAGGCUGGCAUCACCAUGACAAAGAUGGUCGCCCGCUGUAUGUGCUGAGAUUGGGACAGAUGGAUACCAAAGGCUUAGUGCGAGCUCUUGGGGAAGAGGCCUUGCUUCGAUACGUUCUUUCUAUAAAUGAAGAAGGACUGAGGCGAUGUGAAGAGAACACGAAAGUAUUUGGCAGACCAAUAAGCUCUUGGACCUGUCUAGUAGAUCUAGAAGGCUUGAACAUGCGGCAUUUAUGGCGACCUGGCGUCAAAGCAUUGCUGAGAAUCAUUGAGGUGGUUGAAGCUAAUUACCCUGAGACUUUGGGUCGCCUUCUUAUCCUGAGAGCGCCUCGAGUAUUUCCAGUUCUUUGGACACUGGUUAGUCCAUUCAUUGAUGACAACACUAGAAAGAAAUUCCUUAUUUAUGCUGGAAAUGACUACCAGGGUCCUGGGGGACUGCUGGAUUACAUUGAUAAAGAAAUUAUCCCUGAUUUCCUUGGUGGAGAGUGCAUGUGCGAAGUACCAGAGGGUGGGCUGGUUCCCAAGUCCCUCUACCGGACAGCAGAAGAGUUGGAAAACGAAGACAUAAAGCUCUGGACUGAAACAAUCUACCAGUCUGCAAGUGUCUUCAAAGGAGCUCCCCAUGAGGUUCUCAUUCAGAUUGUGGAUGCUUCAUCGGUGAUCACAUGGGAUUUUGAUGUGUGCAAAGGCGACAUUGUUUUUAACAUCUUUCAUUCCAAGAGAGCCCCACAGCCUCCUAAAAAGGACUCUCUGGGAGCUCACAGCAUUACAUCUCCUGGUGGGAACAAUGUCCAGUUGAUAGACAAAGUCUGGCAAUUGGGGCGUGACUACAGCAUGGUGGAGUCGCCUCUUAUCUGCAAAGAAGGGGAAAGCGUGCAGGGAUCACAUGUGACCAGGUGGCCUGGCUUCUACAUUCUCCAGUGGAAAUUUCAUAGCAUGCCUGCCUGUGCUACAACCAACCUGCCUCGUGUGGAUGAUGUACUAGCAUCUCUACAGGUCUCCUCUCACAAAUGCAAAGUGAUGUACUAUACAGAAGUAAUAGGAUCUGAAGAUUUCAGAGGAUCUAUGACCAGCCUUGAAUCAAGCCACAGUGGAUUCUCCCAGCUCAGUGCUGCCACCACCUCUUCCAGCCAGUCCCAUUCCAGCUCCAUGAUUUCCAGGUAGUGCCACAACAGAUGAAAAGCAAAUGGAUGAGAUGGCUGGACCCUCGUCUGUGGCAGCUGACUGCAAUACAAGUGGCAAUUGUGCAAAAAAAGCAAAAAAGAAACAAACAAAAAAAACCCUACCCCAGAAAAAGCCUUUUAUAGAUAGUAAAGUAGCUGUUCAAAUUUUAAACUUAGUGUUUUUGGUCCUUGUUAGAUCCAACAGCUUGUCUCUUAACUCUAACCCUUUUUCCUAACUCAGCCAUAAAUAUUUUUGCAAGUGUGCUUGCACAAAUCCUAACUCUGAACACAAGGGCUCUCUUGGAAGGAAAAAUUAUCUGUACAUCAGUUAAGAUAAUUUUUUAAUUGUGUAAAUGUUAAAAAAAAAAAAAAAAAAAAAAAAGCAAAAAAGAGAAAAACCCUACCAAAAAUUCUCCGUAGUGCAUUAGAGAUCAACUGCAAGUCUCCUGUCAGGACAUUCCUUGCCAUCUUAUGAAAUCCCCUGUGAUCUUCCAGUGCUGCAAACUGUUCUCCCAUUGCCACUAAGCGAUGUCGGAGACAAAGAAAAGCAGUUGCCAGAUACUUGACUUUGUGAGUCCAUUUUUUUCAAGGCAUGCCCACAGAGUUGUGGACAGGCUGUAAACACUAAUACCUUUUGUAUGAGCACAUUUUUGGGGAAUUUGAGCUCUGGGUAUUGAUGGGUUAAAGCAAUUCAUUCUUUCCUUGGAUUUGCGCUUAAAGCACUGUGGAGAGAGAGGCAGAGAGCAGGCUCUCCCUCACUGAUCCCGAACUGGCCUGGGGAUUUGUUCCCAGUUCUGUGCUGAAGCUUCACUCCACUUCCUUAGUACGCUCCCCAUGAAUUGAUCUUACUGCAACUUUGCUCUUAUCAGGAAUUUCUGCAGAGUUUAAGCUUGCUUCUUAAAUCAGUUGAGAGGAGGUAUGGCUUACAUCCUUCCGGUGCACUUUUCAAUCCCUCUUGCCUCCUAUCCCUCUCUGUGUGUGUCAGAAAUAGAGCACUUUAGUUCUAAGCAACAGAAGCUUUAAAGUAGGCAGGGUGCAUGGGGAUCUUCACUCUAAGUGAUACAGUAGAACUCAAAGUGGUGCCUGCUCAGCAAUUUUCACCAUUGCUACUGCUAGUGAUGAAUUGCCAUAUUGGGUUUUGUCCCUAUUCUACCCGGGCCCAAGCAAUCCUACCUGAACUCUUUUUGUUGAAGUUGGUUCAGGUGUUCUUCCACUUGGGGCCCUCUCUCCCAAGCACAGCAAAGGGCACAGAAGACUGAAGUGCUGAGCAAGGGGCUGUCAGCAGACAGCUACAAACCAUACCUGGCAGUGGAGCCAAGAUUUCAGUGUGGAAUGCAACAGGGUUUGCUUUGUUUAGACCCUGCCUGGUCUGUCCAUUUUAGAGCUAAACUAUCCAUCUAGACAAAAAAAAAAAAGAGCUUCUCUGCUAAGUCCUUGCUAGAAAGCUGGACAGGCUCUAUUAACUCCUGAGGAAUUAGCACUGUCGUGGGUAAGUGGUAGAGGAGCUUGCUACGGUCUUGCUCUUUCAAAACAGAACUUGCUUAAAAUACUGGAUAUCCUGCCUGAGGAAAGCUGGUUCAGAAUAAAUUUUAUUUGUAUUUUUUUUUUAUAACUGCAAAGCUUCUGAGAGGCAGGUUACUAACUUCUAACUAGAAGCACCUCACCUGCAGAUCAGUUCUGGCUGCGGAACCUGGCAGAUAGAGCUGACAAAGAAGUAUUUUAGCAACAGAUUCACAGGUUGAGGGGCCUGUCUCCUUAUACUGAACCGAGAUGGUCAAUUUUUUCUCUUUUGGACUUAGAAGUUGGAGAUGGAGGUUAGACUAUCACUGAGUCUGCCAAAGUGUGCUGUUGUGUAAGACAGGCCACCGCUUCGGUGUCAAACAGCUCCCACCCGGUGUCUGCACAGCAGACAGACCAGCAGGCUGUGGUUCUGUUCGUAGGAGCUGUCUGUCUAGGAGGAACGCAGCUUGCUGAAGAGGUGGUUUCGUGCUUGAUGUGCAGGAGCCAGAAUUCCCAGGCUGAGGGAAGCGAGUGCAGCAGGUGGCACUGUGAGGCUAACAAAGGCACUCACAGCUCUCUGCAAGUGGCGCUUUCCAUUUACCAGGCUGUGAGGGUUGAAGAUGGUCCCCUUUCUUUCUUUCUUUCUUCUCUCUCUCUCUCUCUCUCUCUCUCUCUCUCAGAUGGCGAUUUUGCUGACAACUGUAAGGAAACUGCUUCACUCAACACUCCAUAUCUCUCCAGAGGUGUCUGGCUUUGUAGACCUUUUUGAGUUGCAGUCACUUUCCAAGUCUGAAGAUCUGUUUUGUUUUUCACUUGAGCUGGCUCAAAAGUGGCACUUUGGGUUUUUCCGGCUGUAAAUCUUAACACUCCUUUUAGAGCUCAAAGCACAUGACAGCACAAAUAGCUGGGGGGGAUAAAAUUCCAGAAAACCAGUAGUUUAUCCUCCUCUAAGCAAAGUGCUCUGGCAAUAUGACUUGAUCAUUACAGUCUGACUAAUUAAUUUCCCAUAUCCUGGUCUUUUCUUGUGUGAUAUUAUUGUUCUUCUUACUUCUCUCAGCCAACAAAUUCUGUUGGCUUUUUUCCUGUUAUCAGUGUCCCUCUGCACUUACCUGUCUGUACUCAUGAACUGCAUAUCAAAUUCUGUAAAUGUUUUGUAUACAUAAUACCUCAUUCUUGGUAAUAAAAUACAGAUAGUCUUUAAAAGAUUUUUUUAUUGUUAUCGAUAAUAAAUGUGAACUGUUUGGAAAAA